AUGUCAUAUCACUCGACUGCACCACGUCUACCGCUAUCGCCUGCAUCGCCUCCGGAAUCGGGCGUGAAACAACAGCCGAUACUCAAAGGCCCUGUUGUCACGCCUCAGACACCACCUUAUCCUGAUCAUAUGUCAGUCGCCACAAAACGCUAUGUAUCGCCCUAUCAAGAUAGCCGACACACGAACGAAAUGGCGGAUUUACCUUCUGAGAACUAUAUAAACCAACCGCCGCGCGCGUCGAUAAGUUCAGCAACUCCUCAGCAGCAGACUACUUUGAAAAGAUCACUGUCGCAAGACGAAGACGAAAGACCAAUGAGUAAGCGACAGAAAAGGGAGGGCACAGAAGAAGGGAUGCGGACGGAACUGUCCUCCACCUCGACAAACCAUGACAGACAAAGAGAAUCACAACAGGAACAAGACUCUCGCCCAAACGUGAGUUCUGAAGUGCAAUCGCCAUUGGAAGAGGUAUCCGGGAAGGACAAAGCUGAACUGGAUUCGAUAUUCAAAGACGUCGGGCCUGCUCUACGUCUAAGGAAUACCUCUCGUAAAGGACCUCUUGUCGAUACGAGUAAGCACAUUUUAGGUACGUACGGCCUGCACGACCUACUGAGCGGAAUGGCGCGAACCGAUCCGAGCACGGGCGAAAAGAUCAAUAAACUACGUAAGUCAUAUGAAGGACAGAUCAAGACGGCUGGACUUUCUGGGAGGAACAGACCUUGGAAAGAGCCGAGGGCCGAAGACUCUGAGCAUAGCAAUAUGUAUGGGUGGUCGCGAUUACCUCCAGAAAGGUUUGCCGAAGAUCAGGUAGAAAGCAAAGUCGGCGAUAUUGACAGCUUGCGAAGAGGCAUGGGCAGUGCUUUGCAACUCAAUUCUGGUACGAUGCCGCCUAAGAUGAUAGCUGAAUGGGACGAUGUUCUCGGCCACGAAGCCAAAAGGCCCGCGGCGCCGCAGCACACGCCAUCACAACAGCAGUCACGAAUACCGAAUGGCGUACGGCCAGCUCAACACCUCACAGUGCCAAGUGACAAGAUCAAGACACGAGGGAAGAAGAGGAGCUACGGCGAUCACACUUUUGACGGCUAUACAGGUUAUGCUGAUGGCUAUUCGGAACCUGACCACUCCGACGGAGACCGUGACUAUGCUGACAGAGGAAAGAAGCGACGAAAAGACUAG